GAGAGGACUGUACCAGGACCAGGUGUUCUGCUUCAUCCACCUGAGCGUUCAGGAGUUUCUGGCUGCUCUUCAUGUCCAUCUGACCUUCACCGAGUCUGGACUCAACCUGAUGGAAGAAGAACAAAAAUUAUCCAAAACACCCAGAGAAAAAUCUGCUCCAACCCAGUUCUACCAGUGUGCUGUGGACCAGGCCUUACAGAGUCCAAAAGGAAACCUGGACUUGUUCCUGCGCUUCCUCCUGGGUCUCUCACUGCAGACCAAUCAGACUCUCCUGAAAGGUCUUCUGACACAAACAGGAAGUAGCUCACAGACCAAUCAGGAAACAAUCCAGUACAUCAAGAAGAAGAUCAGUGAGGAUCUGUCUGCAGAGAGAAGCAUCAACCUGUUCCACUGUCUGAAUGAACUGAAUGAUCGUUCUCUAUUGGAGGAGAUCCAACAGUCCCUGAGAUCAGGACGUGUCUCCAAAGAUGACUGGCCAGCCUUUGUCUUCAUCUUACUGUCAUCAGGAGAAGAUUUGAAUGUGUUUGACCUGAAGAAAUACUCUGCUUCAGAGGAGGCUCUUCUGGGGCUGCUGCCAGUGGUCAAAGCCUCCAACAAAGCUCUGCUGAGUAGCUGCAAAUUAUCAGACAGAAGCUGUGAAGCUCUGUCCUCAGUCCUCAACUCCCAGUCCUCUUGUGUGAGGGAGCUGGAUCUGAGUAACAAUGACCUACAUGAUUUAGGAGUGGAGCUGCUGGCUGCUGGACUGAAGAGUCCUCAUAGUACACUGGAAACUCUCAGGUUGAGUUGCUGUAAAUUCUCAGAGAAAGGCUGUGAAGCUCUGUCCUCAGUCCUAAACUCUGAGUCCUCUAAGCUAACAGAGCUGGAUCUAGAUAAAAACAACCUGAAAGACAUCGGAGUGGAGCUUCUGUGUGGUGGACUGAAGAGUCCACAAUGUAAACUCAAAACUCUCAGGCUGAGUAACUGUGAACUGUCAGAGAGAAGCUGUGACGCUCUGGCCUUAGUCUUCAGAUUUGAGUCCUCUGGACUGAGAGAGCUGGACUUGAGUAAGAACAACCUGCAAGAUUCAGGAGCAAAGCUGCUGUCUGCUGGACUGAAGAGUCCUCACUGCAAACUAGAAAUCCUCAGUCUGUCUGUCUGUCAGGUCACAGAGGAAGGCUGUGCUUCUCUGGCCUCAGCCUUGAGCUCCUCAUCCCAUCUGAGAGAGCUGGACCUAAGCUACAAUCACCCAGGGGAGAAGCUGUCUGCUGUACUGGGGGAUCCACACUGCAGUCCAAAAACACUGAGGUUGGACCACAGUGGACCACACAGACUGAAGUAUGCCUGUGAGCUGGAAGUGGACACAAACACACUGUACAAGAGACUCAAACUCUCUGACAACAACAGGACUGUGACACGUGUGAAGGAGCUUCAGUCCUAUCCUGAUCAUCCAGACAGAUUUGACCAAUGGCCUCAGCUGCUGUGUAGAGAUGGUCUGACUGGCCGCUGUUACUGGGAGGUCGAGUGGAGAGGAAGUGUUGAUGUAUCAGUGAGUUACAGAGGAAUCAGCAGGAAAGGAAUCAGAGCUGACUGUGACUCUAAUGAUCAGUCCUGGAGUCUGAGCUGCUCUGAUGAAGGUUACUCUGUCUGUCACAACAAGAUGAGAACAGUCCUCCCUCUCUCCUCGUCCUCUGUCUCUCACAGAGUAGCAGUGUAUGUGGACUGUCCCGCUGGCACUCUGUCCUUCUACAGAGUCUCCUCUGACUCUCUGAUCCACCUCCACACCUUCAGCACCUCCUUCACUGAACCUCUGUAUCCUGGGUUUACAGUUUGGCAUGGUUCCUCAGUGUCUCUGUGUUCUGUGUAGAAACCCUGCUGACUGAAGAUUAGCUGACUCUGAUCGCUCAGUGAAGCAGAUCUGCCUCAAAAUAUUCAACAGUUCUGAUUUCAUUAAUUUUAUUUCAAACAUUUUAUCACUUAAAAUGGGGAAAAUCUGUAAAAAAAAAACAAAAAAAAAAAACAAUUUCUGUUCAUAAUUUGAAUUAUGUUGUGUUGUUUUGGAAAACAACCUUUUCAUCUUGCAGUGAAGGUUUUCAUUAUUUAUCAGGAGUGGACUCAUGAAGAAACACUGAGUACACCAUUAACAAAUCAGAAUUUUACGUUGCUGCUUGCACGUGACAGAGGUGAACCAGUUUAUCUGAGGGGUUCAUGUCUGGAGCUCCGUCCACCAAUUUGCUUUAAGUCAGGGUAAAGAGCAUGAUGAUGAAUUUAAUGUGUUCAUGUUAGCUCUGACUCAAUCUUCAGUCUACAUGUUAAACAUUAAACAUAGAUUCUAUAAAUGA